AUGAAUUUUCAAGUUUUACUAGUAAUACCUUUGAUAUUUCUUAUCAGAUACCUUCAAGGGAUCUAUUGGAAUUACAAAUUCAAUUGUAAACCUAUAAAACAUAGGCGAAUAGUUAAUCCUUUCAAUUCAGUUACUGUAUCCAAAUCGGGCAGAGCUUUAGAUAUUGAACAUGAAGGUUUUAAAGAUACCAAAACUUUACAAGUAUACAUCCUUUUCAAAUCAUUUGUAGUUACAUGUGAUAGAGACAAUAUCAAACAUUUGAUGAAUACCCAUCACUCCAUUGGUUUGAGGAAACAAUUAUCAAAAUCCCUAUUGGGCCAUGGAGUAUUUUCAAGUGAUGGGAAACAAUGGAAACAUUCGAGAGAAUUAUUACGUCCUUUAUUCAAAAUGCCACAAUUGAGUCACUUGGAUGUCCACUUUCAUGAUUUCUUGAAGUAUAUCAAUCAACCAGUUGAACUUCAAUCACUUUUUCAAAAAUUAGCUUUUGAUAUCAAUUCAGAAUUUUUAUUUGGUCAAAGUGUUAAUUCUUUAAAUGAUCCAUCUCAAGAUUAUUUGGAUUUUGAAAAAGCCCUGGAGAAGCUUGCUAAAUAUAAUCCUUUGAAAACCAUAUUGGUUACUGUUCUCGGUGAAUAUCAUUCAUUAUUUGAGCCAAAAUAUGUUGGUGAUGCAAUUAAAACCGUUCAUAAGUUCAUACAAAAUUAUAUUCAUGAAAAUAAUGGUGGUUUAAUCAAUGAUUUGGUUAAUCAAAAGUUGAGCCCCAAAGAAAUACAAGAUCAGGUGUUAAGUGUUAUGGUAGCUGGUAAAAAUACAACUUCAUCAUUACUUACUUAUUUAUUCUUAGAAUUAUCGCAGAAUCCUGAUUUGUACAAUGAGCUACGUGAAGAAGUUUUAAAGCUUGAUGAAAUCACAAUCGCAAAUUUGAACACUUGUAAGGUGUUGAAUAAUUACAUCAAUGAAUCCUUAAGAUUGCAUCCUCCAAUCCCUAGAAAUUUGAGGAAAACUGUUUCUCCUGUCAUUUUACCUCACGGUAAUGAUGAAAAUCCUUCAUACCUUCCAAAAGGUACCACUGUGAUUUUCAAUAUUUAUUCGCUUCAUAGAUCUUCAGAAUUUGGACCCGAUCCGGAAUCUUUCAGCCCUAAAAGAUGGAAUACCAUCAAACCCAAAUCAUUCAUGCCUUUUGGUUAUGGUCCUAGAAUGUGCCUCGGUAAAGAAUUAUCAUUGGUAGAAUCAAGAUACAUCAUCGUCAAGUUAGUAACAAUGUUCAAAGGACUAAAAAAGAUUAGUGGUGGUGAACUUACAAACUCUGGUCCCAGUUUGAAAUUAUUGGACGGUUUAACUGUUGAAUUUUUUUAG